UUUUUUUGCCUUUGGCUCAGUGCGGUGUUGUGUUUGCAAAGCGAAUUUUUGUUUUGAAAAAAUUGCCCCAGAAUUUGAUAAUAUUGUACAGAGAAUUACGUAAAUAGGUACUCAAUGGGACUAGUGAGGCGUGAUAAACUUGAAAAAAUCACCAAAUAGACGAAGUAAGGCAUGCUACGGGGGCAUUUGGUGAAAAGUGUUCGACUGAGUUGGCCAUUGCUCUCAAGAACUUGUUCGACAUCUUCAAGCAGGUGCUUUUCAGAUCAGAGGAAGUUCAGAGGAGGUGCUGAGAUGGAAUCCAAAGAAGCUCUGCGGGCGCGGUUGACCCCAUUGCAGUACCAGGUGACGCAGGAAGCAGGCACGGAGCGUCCUUUCUCAGGAUGCUACGAUAAGCACUACGAGAAGGGAAUGUACGUGUGCAUUGUGUGUAGGCAGGAACUGUUUAGUUCCAAUACAAAAUACGAUUCCGGGUGCGGCUGGCCGGCAUUCAAUGAUGUACUCGAUCAGGGAAAGAUUACUUUGCACAAGGACACAAGUAUAGCAGGCAGCAAUCUAUUAAUCUUAAUUGCACAUCCAGAGAGGAUUAGGACGGAGGUUCGUUGUGCCAAAUGUGCCGCCCACAUGGGACAUGUUUUUGAAGAUGGUCCACCACCAACUAGAAAACGAUAUUGCAUCAACUCGGCAUCCAUCGAUUUCAUCGCAUCGCCAAAUGCUGAUAAAAGUUAGAAUUUUUGCUUCCCCCAAAUCAAUUCUCUUCUAAUCCACUUCCUUCUCCUUUCUCUUUGUCCCAAUAAAACCACUCAAUGAUAAUUUUUGUUCCUCAAAUGGGGAGGCUGUAGAAUCUCACCUCCCACAGAAAAAAAACCCUUGGAAAGAAUUUGUAAGAGAUAACACAGAAGAAAUUGUACAAAAUGACAAAUAAGUGUCAAAUAAAUGAAGGAUAUUGAA